UAUCGUCUCCAGAGAUAGAUUCUAGAUAGCCACCAUGGCGGGCAGACCGCCGGAACAGACGACGGGAGAAUUGCCCCCUGACAGUCCUCUAUGGACGUAUGAUAUACCAAAUGGCAAGGCUCUCAAUUCAGGGCUUCCCAAACUGCCCGGCUUGAACGUUGAGAUUUAUUUCGGCGUUCAGAAUAAUCGUCCACGGUGGUUGAUAGUACCUGCACCAUGGACGGUACUUCCUAACGAAAAUACCCCAGGUGGAACGGACCUACGGGAGAAACGUGCUGACCCAAAGAGUCCCAAAUUCACUGGCGCCGAGAUCUUUUGCUGGGAAUUCGACCCUCCUCCCGAGCAGAAGAAUGACAGAGAGCUUUAUAGACAUGCCUAUGAUGCGCUCCGAGAGUCCCUCCGAAAUCCUAGAUUCAGGGAAGAAGCGAGAGACUAUAUUCAGAACCGAUUUUCAAACCUCAUGCAGAAUAGGGAGGAUGUGCUCCCACGGCUUCCUAUGCCCCCCGAUGGUCGACCGUCCCUGAAGAGACAGGAAGCCAUUCCAGAUACAGCCAGCCCGCAGUACAGUUGGUUCGAUCGCCCGAUGCUUGUCUCGAAGCCUGGGUCAGCUAUAUCAGCCGGCAAUGCUCUCCCAGGCGCAGAUCCUACAACCCCGCCUUAUGAACCAACCUCUCCCUCCUAUG